AUGAAUUCAAAUUUAUUAGCAAUCCCUCUCAGACAAACAUCAGAGAUUGAAUUGGGAAAUCAAUUAAAGGAUGCUAUAUCCAAGGAUUUUUUCCAAUCGCUGGGGAUGUUUGAAAAAGAUACAAAUUUUAUAGAUUCAUUGAGGAAACAAAUUGGAUCAAUUAAAGAAUCAGAAAUUAUUACAGACGAUAUAAAAUCUACUGAAGUGUAUUAUCUGCAUCUCAAGCUGAUUGGUCGUAAGUUCCCCGAUGAUUGUGCUCUGUUUUUGUGGUAUGAUACACUAGGUUAUCGUUUGAUGGGGCCAUAUGAGCUCAAAUCACUCUUUGUAGAAAGAAUCAACAUAGUGUAUCAAAUUGGAGCAAUUCAUUCCCUUUUAGCAUUAAAAGAAUCGAGAUUCACUGAUGAAGGGUUAAAGAAGGCGUGCUCGUUAUUCCAAACUGCUGCGGGUAGUUUUAAUUAUAUAUUGAAUAAUGAAGAGAAAUACCCAGAACAUCACAACACACUCCCACUGGAUCUUCAACAGAAUACGAUCAAGGCAUUACAAUUGAUAAUGGAAGCUCAAGCUCAAGAAACGGUAUGGCAGAAGGCGGUAUCUGGUGAUUUGAAAGGUUCGGUGAUAGCUAAGCUUGCGAUCAAGACUUCUGAAUUGUAUGAACAAGCGGAGACACAAUCUAAGUUAUCACAAUCUAUAACUUUGGAAUGGGUAAAUCAUUUAGGGAUUAAAAAAUGCCACUUCAAAGCUGCUGCACACUUUAGAAAAGCUUCUAUGGAUCUUGAUAGUUUCAAUUAUGGCGACCAGGUUGCACAACUUCGACUUGCUUCCAAAACUUGUAACCUUGCUGCCAAAUACAGAAAAUAUGUAAAACCUAUAGUUUUGGAAGAUUUUCAAGGACUUGCAGAAAGUAUUGAAAAUAGUUUGAGGGUGGCAGAAAGAGACAAUGAUCUUUUAUAUUUGAAACCAGUACCUAAUGAAGAAGAAUUGAAACCAUUGGUCGGUGUAUCAAUGGCCAAACCUAUUAUUCCUGAAUUUCUUUUACAAACAAAUCAAACUAUUGAUCCAUUGUUUAAAGAUUUGAUCCCAUAUAUUGUUAUACAACUGGCUCAAGCAUAUCGUGAACGACAAGAUUCUUAUAUAAGAGAGCAAAUCAUUCAACCAAUAGAAUCAUUAAAUAAAUUACUACGUAAUUUUAUUGGUGAAAGAAGUCUACCAUCAUCAAUUGAUUCAAUUCAAAAACCGGAAAAUUUACCAAAUUCAAUCAUACAACAUUCACAAGAAAUUAUUUCAUAUGGAUCUUUUCAAUUUAUUGAUAGUUCAUUUGCAGAACUUGAUAAUUUGGCAUUAAAUAGUAAGAAAAUUCUUGAAGGAGGCUAUGAAAGACUCCAAAUUGAACAAAAUGAAGAUGAAACAUUAAAAGCCCGUCAUGGUUCAUUACAUUGGAAUAGACCUAGUUCCUUGGAAGCAUCUUCAAGUUUAAGAGAUAGACUUGAAAAAAUGAAACUUUAUUUGAGACAAGCUAGAGAAGGUGAUGGAUUUAUUAAGCAAAGAUAUGAAGAUCUUAAACCGUUCAUUGAUAUAUAUGCGGGUGGAUAUGAAAGAUUAUCACAAUAUAUUCCAAAUUCAACUUUUGUUCAUCUUAAUCAAGGUUUAAAUCAUAUAAUUGUUGAUUUGAGAAAAUGUUUGAAUGAAUGUCUUAAAAUUGAAGAGGAUCGGAAAUUUUUCAUUAAUUCUGUUGAAAUGAAAUCAAGAGAAAAUAAUGUUCUUCAAUUAAUAGUUAAUGCUUAUAGGCUGAAUGAAAUUGAUAAAAAUGGGAAUGAAAUAGAUGAGAAUACAUUCGAGGAAACCUUCACAAGACAUUUACAUAUGUUCAAUCAAGAAUUAGCAUACAUUGAUGAACUGAGACAAAGACAACAGAAAUUAGAGGAAGAAAUUGAAGAACUCAAUACAAUUUUCAUUAAGGAAAUGGCUGGAAAUGAUGAAUUACAUGGAAAUAGACAAGCAGCACUUCAAACCUUGGAGUCCGCAUAUGCUAGUUAUUUGGAUCUUAUAUCCAAUUUGAAUGAAGGGUGUAAAUUCUAUACUGACUUCAUUGCCAAAGGUAGUGUUGUAUUGCAUGACUGUGAUGAAUAUGUUCAUGAAAGAAGAAUUGGAGGUAGAAAUCUAGAAAAUUCAUUAAGUAGGAUCCAAUCACCUCCACCACAAGAUAGAGGACAUGAACAAGAUACGAGACAACCACAGGUUCCAACAUUUGUUCCCGCUGAGCGUGGAGGUGCGUGGAAUCCUUCACAAGGAAUUAAAUUUGGUUAA